CUCAGUCUCUGGUAGUACUGCCUGCCUAUAACCUCUGAACAAGCUAAGAAGACAUUCCUGAGACUGCGUCCAAGCAUGACGGAAUUAGAGACAGCAAUCGUAAUGAUCAUAGACGUCUUUGACAAAUAUGCCAGUACUGAGGGCGACAAGAACAGUUUGACCAAAGGAGAACUAAAGACCUUAUUUGAGAAAGAACUGCCCGGAUUCAUUGAGAAUGCGAAAGACAAAGACGCCUGUGACAAAAUUCUAAAGGAUCUGGAUCAUGAUGGCGAUUCUAAAAUAGAUUUUAAUGAAUUUAUUGUCUUUGUGGCUACACUGACCUCUAUUGGACAUGAGAGAUUUGCAGAUGUGCCUAAAAAAUGAUUUUUAAAAAAUUGUGGUGAUCUGUUUUUAAAUAAUAAACCUCUGUAGUAAAUCUGAAAAA